AUGGCAGAUAAGGUGGCCGCGCACUUCGAAGGCCGCGUCGAGUGGAUCCUCGACCACCACGCCAGCACGGGUGCCCACCCGGAGGCCAGGGCCGAGGUGGUCGAGGGGCUCGGCUCCGCCUGCACCCUCGUGGCCGAGCGGCUCCUGUCCCGGCCCGGCCAGGUCCCUAGGGAGCUCGGGACGCUGCUGGCCGGCGUGAUCCUGCUCGACAACCGCAAUUUCAGCCCUGGAGAGGCAAAGGGCACUGCCCGAGACAGGGAGGCCUUCGACAGGCUGGCGGAGUUCGUCCCCGAAGUGGGUGCUGGGGCCUGGUACAAGGAACUCAUGCAUGCCCGAAAGGACAUCUCCCACCUCGGAGUGCGCGACCUGCUGAAGCUGGACAUGAAGAUCGCCGAUGCCGGAGAGGGUGCGCGCGUCGCCUGGUGCGCCGUUUUCGACGCGGUCGACAGCGUGUGCGCCAAGGCCGGAGGGGCCGCCGCGCUGGAGGCGGAGAUGCGCGCCUUCGCUGCGGAGCGCGGCUGCGACGCCGCGGUCGCCCUGUUCGCCAAGGACGCGACUGGCUUCAAGACUCUGGCGAUGGUGCCCCGCGAGCCCGGCGGGCGCGGCGAGGCGAUCUGCCAGCGGAUGGCGGAGCGCCUGCUGGGAGCCCCCGACGGGCUGCCCCAGGCUCUCCGAGAGAACGACCUGUUCGCAAAGCAGGGCAUCCUCGAGCACGGCUUCGGGCUCGCGACCCGCGAGCGCAGCCUGCCCCUGCGGGCCUUCUCGCUGCGGGCCGUCACAUCGCGGAAGACGGUCCUACCCUGCGCCAUGGGCCAGGAGUCGUGA